GAUCGAUCCGAUUCUAGCCCAUGUCUCAACCUGCUAUCCACAUAUGUAACUUGUGUACAACGAUAAAUUUCAGAUAAAAGACCACCAGACAUGAACAUACAUGCCGUCCACAAAGAACCGAUCUCUACUUUCUCAAGCCCAAGAUGAGUCAAGCAACAGUCGAGGAGAAAUCAAAACUCCGUGUGAUUAUAGUCGGGGGCUCCGUUGCCGGGUUGACUCUGGCACAUUGCCUGGCCAAAGCCAAUAUCGACCAUAUAGUGCUUGAAAAACGCGCUGAAAUAAGUCCACAGGAGGGUGCAUUUAUCGGCAUCUGGCCUAACGGGGCUCGGAUCUUUGACCAACUGGGCCUCUAUGAGGAUUUUGAGAGUCUUACGCCGCCAGUUCAUAGAAUGAAUGUUCGGUUCCCCGAUGGCUUUACUUUUAGCAGCUAUUUGCCGCGAACAAUCCAAGAAAGAUUUGGGUACCCCAUCAUAUCGAUAGAUCGUCAAAAGGUCUUGGAGACUCUGUAUGAACGCUAUCCGCACAAGUCCAACGUUCUUGUCAACAAGAAGGUGAUGAAUGUGCGCUUUUCAGGGAAAGGAGUCUCCGUAGUUACAGAGGACGGCUCGGCAUAUGAUGGUGACCUUGUAGUUGGGGCCGAUGGCAUUCAUAGCCGAAUUCGGUCUGAGAUGUGGCGAUUAGCAGAUGAAAACCACCCAGGUCUCAUUACCUCACAGGAUAAACAAGCAUUCACUGUUGAAUAUGCGUGCGUUUUCGGCAUAUCGGAACAGCUGCCUUCUUUGCCAGCUGGAGAGCACAUCAAUUCCUAUUCCAACGGGCUCUGUGUCAUUACUUUCCACGGUGAGAAGGGUCGCAUUUUCUGGUUUCUUCUUGUAAAACUUCCGGAAAAGACCACAUACCCAAACACGCCCCGCUUCUCAGCGAGUGAUGCAGCCAGUCUUUGCAACAAAUUCGCCCGAUUCCGUGUCUCCGAGGAUAUCUGUGUGUCUGAUCUCUGGAUGCAUAAGUUAUUCGCUUCCAUGACAGCCUUGGAGGAGGGAAUUUUAGAAAGAUGGCAUUACGACCGUAUUGUGCUUCUUGGAGACAGUGUUCACAAAAUGACUCCAAACAUUGGUCAGGGGGCAAACACUGCGCUUGAAGAUGCUUCGGUCUUAGCAUCACUACUCAACAACCUCUCGAAGUUGAGUACUGAGGAUGGCACAUCAGCGUACGCUAUGACGAAACUACUUAAUGAAUAUCAGUCCACACGGUACGAGCGGGCCAAGAACACACAUGAUAAAUCGCGUUUCGGCGCACGCCUGCAUACAAGGGACGACAUGAUCAAGACAUUAAUUGGCCGAUACGUCUUCCCAUACGCCGGUCCCCGUGUUCUGGAAAGGUCAGUGAAGUCUCUGGCUACUGCUCACUCAGUCGAGUAUUUGCCCUUUCCAAAGAGGUUAGGACCUGCUUGGGGCGAAUAUAGCUCCCCGAACAAGUCCACUCUUGGCUCAACGCCAAUUCAUAUGCUUACUCUGCUUCUUCCAUGUCUGUUCUACUUCAUGUACUCUAAAUUGAAUCUGUUUGUAUCGCUUUAGCUAGCG